AUGCCAGCGCCUGGAAAUUCCACAUCAACUGCGGAACCUGACAAACCGACAUCAGUGGCACCAUUACUGAGAUCGACUUCAACAAGCUCUCACGUGAUACCAUCGAGCACAGCUUUGCUUCCGACAUCAACAACUGUACUGCCAGAUUCUCUCACGACAGGAACGACUUCUACGAAUUCUACGAGCAGUCCACCAACAAGUACCACCACACUGCCUUCUACAACUACGACAAUGCCAAGUUCAUCGCCAUCUUCGGUGACCACGACCUCAACAUCAUCAUCAUUGCCCACGACAACUACAGCAAGUUCUACGAGCAGUCCACCAACAACAAGGUCUACAGAGCAGUUCACUCAACAAGUAUCCACUCACACUAGCCCUCUACAAACUUACGACAAUGCCAGUUCAUCGCCUUCAUUCGGUGACCACGACCUCAACAUCAUCAUCGUUGCCCACGACCACUACAGCAAGCUCUACGAGCAGUCCACCAACAAGUACCACCACACUGCCCUCUACAACUACGACACUGCCAAGUUCAUCGCCUUCUUCGGUGACCACGACCUCAACAUCAUCAUCAUUGCCCACGACAACUACAGCAAGCUCUACGAGCAGUCCACCAACAAGUACCACCACACUGCCCUCUACAACUACGACACUGCCAAGUUCAUCGCCUUCUUCGGUGACCACGACCUCAACAUCAUCAUCAUUGCCCACGACAACUACAGCAAGCUCUACGAGCAGUCCACCAACAAGUACCACCACACUGCCCUCUACAACUACGACACUGCCAAUUACCACUGCCUUCACAACCUGCCACACAUGAAUAAGUCAUUCGCCCCUCUUCUCGGUACUCACCACCUCAACAUUCGAUCAUCACGUGCCCACGACCACUACAGCAACCUCUACGAGCAGUCCACCAACAAGUACCACCACACUGCCCUCUACAACUACGACACUGCCAAGUUCAUCGCCUUCUUCGGUGACCACGACCUCAACAUCAUCAUCAUUGCCCACGACAACUACAGCAAGUUCUACGAGCAGUCCACCAACAAGUACCACCACACUGCCCUCUACAACUACGACACUGCCAAGUUCAUCGCCUUCUUCGGUGACCACGACCUCAACAUCAUCAUCAUUGCCCACGACAACUACAGCAAGCUCUACGAGCAGUCCACCAACAAGUACCACCACACUGCCCUCUACAACUACGAAUGCCAAGUUCAUCGC